AUGGACCCAUUAGAAGACGAGAUAUGUUAUGGAUGUUUAAAUUCUGAAAGAAAAUUAUCUAACCUACACGAUUUUAGUCUCAAGGAAUGUUUUAAACUUAUUUUACAAAAAGCAACAGUAUCUAUGGAAUCUAUCCAACUAUGUUUUGAAUGUGUGGCUAUACUCAUAAAGAUUAAGAGAUUUCAAGAAAGAGUAAUAAGUUCAGAAAAUCUUUGGAAGUCUAUGAAGAAGAAUAGAUUACAAUCACAAACCAGCUUACAAAAAAAUAAUCUCUAUAAUUUUUCAUUAUUACAACACACAAGUGCAGAGAAUUGUGAAAUAAUACAAACAUCACUUAUCAUAAAAAAAGAAAAUGAUGAUUUAGACGAGAUAGAUAAGGAUGACUUCAAACAAGAGAUUGAAGACUUUAGUACAGAAGCAGAUAUAAUAAAUGAAGACUUGAAACUAGAUUUAUUGAAAGAUUUGACUCAGAAAGAGAUUUAUACUGAGGUGAAAUUAAGUAGAGAAGAAAUUGAAAAAGAAAGGGAGGAAAUAAAAAUAAGUGAUGCUUAUGUUAAUGCUAUGCUAAAGUGUGAAUUGUGUAUAACUACAUUUACAAAUAAUGAAGAUCUAAAAGAACAUAUCAGUGAUAAACAUGGUGAAAAAACAAAAUACAUCUGUACAAUAUGCAAGUGUACAUUCAAUUCUGCGAUAUCUUUUAAGUACCACACAGAUAGACAUAAAAAACGUUAUCAGUGCAUGGUCUGUAACAUAAGAUUUUUAUACAGAAGGGAUGUCAUCAAACAUUUUAAUUUUGUACACUGUCAUGGAGUAGACAAUAUAACUUAUGAGAAUGGUACACAAGAGAGACUAGAGGCACCACCAGAUAUCGAUAAACAAGAUCGAUUUUCGUGUGACGUGUGUGAGAAGUCGUUUAGAUGGAAGGCGUCUUUACGGAAACAUAUGGAAGGGCAUCGCAUUGCGAGUGGACAAAAGCGGAAGCCAUACUGUGAGCCAUGCAAAAUACACUUCGCAACCACAGCAAAUCUUAAGAAACAUGUCCGGAUGAGCUCCAAGCAUCAAAUACAAUUGAAAUUAAGAAAACUCAAAGAUUCCAACGAAGACAAGACAGAUGUGAUAAAAGAAAUACGCACUUCGGUAAAUAGUGCGCGUGAGACGUAUUCGUGCUCGCAGUGUGAUAAGAAGUUUCAAUGGCACGGGAAUCUAAUGCGGCAUAUGAAUAGUCACAGGGCAAAGGCAUCUGGUGAACUAGUGUGUAUGCCGUGCAAUCGUUCUUUCUCUUCAAUAGCAACGUAUCAACAGCAUAUGAAAAUCAGCAAGAAACACGUCUCGGAGAAUGAUUUUAAGUACAUGUGCAGUGAUUGCGGGAAACGUUUCGCGGAUAAGACUCGGCUAAAGGAUCAUAUAGAUUGGGAGCAUUUGAAGAAUUUCAAGCACACAUGUAGCGAUUGUCAAAAAGCGUUUAAAACCCGUACAUCGUUAUAUCUCCACAAGCAAGUGGUUCAUCAGAGGGACACAAGCGAACACCUAUGCGAUACGUGUGGAAAACAUUUUCCAAAUCAUUCCAAAUUACGUAUACACAUCCGUGCGGUUCACUCGUCGGUAGCGGCCUAUAAAUGUACGAGUUGUGGAGCAAAAUUCGCGUGGCACUCGUGUUUGUCGAGACAUAUGCGGAGGCUGCAUAAGAAACAUGUCUAG